CUUUUAUUUAGUCAACAAAGACUUGAAUCUGCCAUUCAUAUAUUACGUCACUGUUGUUAGCUAGCUACUUGAUGGAAAAAUAUCCAUUAGCUACCUAGUUUUAACAUUAGCUAGCUGGUAACGUUAGCUAGUCAGUUUGCGAUCACGCUUUAGCUAAAGUUAGCUUGUUCGCUAACUAAGAGAGAUAAGCAACAACAUUGCUAUAAUAGUAGCUGAAAACUGAAACUGAUCACAUUUUCCUGUUGAAAAGGACGGACAGCUAACUAGCUACUUAGCUUAGCCUUUGGAGGCUUGGUUGUUAGUGUGAUGGCAUGGGUGAUGUUUAUACUGUGACGUCAUAAACGCCUACAUGAACUGAACCUUUUUGGCAUUAUUUUUCAAGCUCAUGAAUGAUGUAGCUGUCCUAGUAGAUAGCUACUGACCUGUCUUUACCUCCUGACUUGUCAUUUGUAACGGCACACUGUUUGAAUCUUAGAAAUGGUCUGAAAUGGUCUGUAGCUGACAGAUUUCCAGCGGCAUUGGGGCUUUGAGGGAGAAUGCUGCGCAGGACCGUCUCCUUCCCCAUUGAGACGAGGCGGCUGCAGCAGCUGGGUCUAUUAAACUGUGCCCCCCACGGUGUGACAUCAUGCUCGGUGCUCGACCUCCCAGCUCUCCUCCGAGGUCACCAGGGUUCACGACAACGGGAAGAUGAGCGGCGGGGCCGGUACCGGGGGCCUGCCGAGGCUGGCCAAUGGGAAGAUGAACGGCGGGGCCAGUACCGGGGGCCUGCCGAGCCUGCCCAAUGGGAAGAUGAGCGGCGGGGCCGGUACCGGGGGCCUGCCGAGGCUGGCCAAUGGGAAGAUGAUGGUGGGUUAGUGGUCGCACCCUCUUCUAAUGGUAGCACCGGGGGACCCAGAUGGAGGGAUAUGUAUGCCAGCCCAGACCAGCUAAGGUCAGACUCAGUGGAAGAUGAUGGCUAUGAUUAUGAAGAGGGGAAGCAGAAUGAUGAGUCUGUCAGGCUGUACGUGUCAGAGGAGGAGAGGAUCCUCAACUCUGCAGACCUGAGUUCAGAGGAGAGGCGUGAUGUUCUAGCAGAGUUGGUGUAUUCCCGAAGCAGACUGAAGCAAUUGAACUCAGAGCUGCAGAGAACAGUGGACGUAGCUGAUGACAGCAACACACUGCUACGCACCGAGAACACUGCCCUGCGCAACCAAGUCAAAGGGAUGAAGCAGUCAAUCCAUGAAUCAGAGCAGCUGAUGGAUGAACUGGAGGAGAUCCGGAGCCUAUUGGUUGAGAAGGACGAUGCUACGGGCAACCUGGAGGCCUACAUCAAACAACUGGAGAAAGAGAAGGAGAUUUUGGAGGACCAGAUCGAGACCAUCGGCAGUGAGAUGUCCCGUAUUAUACCAGACAGAGCCACUGACAAGAAGAAGAUCACUAACCUCAGCCAGGCUCUACAAGCCUUACAGCUUCAGCUCGAGGAGAGCAGACUCGCUUUGGAUCACAGGGAUGAGGUCAUAUGUAAGAAGGACUUUGUUGUUGAGCAGCUGGAGCAGUCCCUUACAGAGUACUCCUCCAUCGCACAGGAUCUGAAGGAGAAGAUGAAGGAUCUGGAGAGCCAACUGGCAGAGGCCCUAGUUAAUGGAGGAGAGGGGGGUUACAUGGCAUUAGAUGGGACUCUGUCUGCAGCCACUCAGCGCUCCAUCUCUCUAGGGGAGGAACUGGGUCUACUGCCACCCAUAAUGGAGGACUCCUGUGAUGGGGAGGAGAAGAUAGAGGAGGAGCAGAGAGUGGAGGAGAGGGUAGAAAGAGAGGCGGAUGAGAAGAAGGCAGAGGUGGUUAAGGAGGAGAAACAGAUGCUAGAGGAGAAGAGUGUUGUGUGGUCAGAUCUGGUGGGAGGUGUCCGAGCAGCAGGAGGUUUCACCCUGGGUUUCCUGGUUCCUCUGGGUGUCCUGGUCUCCAUUGUCCCCGGCUGCUACAACCACUGUACAGGACUGGGCUUCACCGACACUUUCUGGUCUACAGCCAGAAACCUCAUACAGCCAUACUGCAAUGUGCACCACAUAGGGCUCCCCCCGCUGUAAUACACACCAGAGGGGGCUGUAGACUAUAGGAGCUAUAGGAGGACUGGCUCAUUGUAAUGGCUGGAAUGGAAUUAUCUACCUACCAACCAACACGCAUAUCUACAUACAUAACUACCAACAUACACACACACACACACACACACACAAUAAUAAAACUCCAACCCUGAUCUUCAACCCUCCUGCUGUCAACCCUUAGCUAAACUAAAUAAACUGGAAUACUGCAUCAUA